CUAGGCCCUUCACUUCAUCUUUCUUGGCGGUCCUUUAUAAGAAUUGCGCCAUCUCUACCUCACGCCCAUCAGCACGGCCUGGACUUAUUCCGCGCUUGCAAAUCUUAGCUGCGUCGCACAAAGAGAGUAGCCAUCGCGGGAGAAGCAACCAAUGGCCGUCAAGUUCUGGUCUAGAAACGCCACGGCGGCCGACACGACGGCUUACACGUCCGACUCGGAGCCGUCGGUGGUCCACGAUGGAGAGCUCGCUUACACGAGAGUGAAAGCCGGCAAUGGCUCCAAUGCGGCGUACCAAGAGGCCGUCGGUGCUCCGGUCGAGAGUAAAUCGCCGUUGGGUUACCAUGUGGGCUGGGUGACGAUCAUUUUCCUCAACGUCAACCAGAUGAUCGGCACUGGCAUAUUUUCUACGCCUGCAACCAUCCUCAACAGGACCGGCUCGGUCGGCCUGGCUUUGAUCUACUGGCUUAUCGGAACUAUCAUGGCCAUUGCAGGUGUUUGCAUCUACUUGGAGCUAGCGUCAUACUUCCCCAAUCGCAGCGGCGGCGAGGUCGUGUACCUCGAGCAAGCCUAUCCGCGCCCGAAACACUUUUUCCCCAUCGCCUUUGCGGUGCAGUCCGUCAUCCUUUCCUUCAGCUCCUCCAACGCCAUCGUCCUGUCUCGAUACGUAUGGCGCAUCGCCGGCAUAACCCCCACCGAGUGGGAGAUGAGGGGCGUCGCCAUCGCCGCCUACACGCUGGCCGUCAUCUGCGUCAUAGCGCACAACAAGUACUCCCUAUGGGCGACCAACGCGAUCGGGGCGCUCAAGAUCGCCACGCUCGUCUUCAUCAGCAUCACGGGCUUCGUCAUCCUCGGCGGCAACGUCGGCCACAUCCCGGACCCGAACCGCAACUUCCGCAACUCCUUUGCGGGCACCACGACGGACGGCAACAACCUCUCGGUGGCGCUGGUCAACAUUGUGUUUUCAUACACGGGCUACUCCAACGCCUUCAACAUGGUCAACGAGAUCAAGAACCCGAUCGCCAAGCUCAAAAGGUACGCCACCACCUCGGUGCUCAUCGUUUCGGUGCUGUACAUGCUCUGCAACAUUGCAUACUUUGCCGCCGUGUCAAAGUCCGAAUUUGCCGCCUCCAAGGAGAUCGCCGCCGCCGUCUUCUUCACCACCGUGUUUGGCAAGGGCGGCGCCGAGACGGCCCUCAACGUCCUGGUCCUCCUCAGCGCCUUUGGCAACCUGCUGGCCACCCUCAUCGGCUCCUCGCGCAUGAUCCGUGAGAUCGGCAGGCAGGGGGUGCUGCCCUACACCGAGUUCUGGGUCUCGACCAGGCCGUUUGGCACGCCGCUCGGCCCUUACCUGCUCAAGUGGGCCGUGACUUUUAUCAUGAUCGUUGCGCCGCCUGCCGGCGAUGCUUUCCAGUUUGUCGUCAGUCUCAAGACGUACCCGGAUGGAGUCUUCCACUUGGCCAUGGCCAUUGGUGUCUACCUGAUCCGCCGACGCAGAAAGAGAGCUGGUCUGGGAAAGACCGAGUUCAGGGCGUGGGACGUCGUCCUCGUCUUUUUCAUCCUGCUGCAGGUAUACAUCAUCGCCAUGCCGUGGUGGCCGCCAAAGGGAGGCAUCUACGCCGGCGAGGUCAGCUUCUUUUAUGCCACAUACUGUCUGGUUGGUAUGGCCAUCCUUGCCGUAUGCGGCAUCUACUACUACUUCUGGAUGACGCUCCUCCCCAAGUGGCGAGGCUACCGCAUCCGGACCGAGAUCCAAGACGUCGACGAGGGCUCCGGCGCCACCACCCACAGGCUCGUGCGCGUGCCCCUAGCGAACCUGGACGAGUGGGAUGCGACGCACGACGAGGCUGGGUUCCUGCGUCGACGGCCCGCGGCUGCCGCUGCGGUUGAGAGGACCGCGUCUGAUACUUCUUCGAGGGCCGAGGGUAUGGAUGGAGUUGACGGCAAGGAGGUGGUCGUCCCUGGGAAGUAAAGCCUUUUGAAAACAAAAGAAAAGAAAAAGGUUUGAACCUGAUUAGCAUUACUGCUUUUGGUUUUGCCUCUGCGAAUACCCUCCUCAGCUGCAGCUUUAUAUAGUUUCAACUGCAAGUUGUGCUCGUUUGGCUGCGCAUCACCAGUUGAAAUCUAAAAUCUAAUUCUUGGUCAUGUCAA